GCAAUAUCUCGAAAUAUCAUCCUUCUUCUUAAUCGACUACUCAAUUAGACCCAACAUAUGCAACUAGUAGGAGGUAUAGAAUUUUCACCAACGAGGUUCAAACUCUCGAAGUGUAGCUAAAGGAAAAAGGGGAUUCGGAUGAGCCCCGUGACUGCAAACUGGCUUCGCCCCUGUUUGCAACCAUUUUAUCUUGUUAAUUGGCUGCAACUUAGCUUAAGACCUAAUUUCACAUGGUAUCAGAGCAGAGCUCAGAGCCCGUCUCGCCCGAUGUUGGGAUCCCCAAAAUCAAAAUUACCCACGCACAGAUGCAAAGCAUUGGACGUGAGGUGGGGUGCUAAAGAAUGACAAAAGUCCAACAUCGGUGGUUAAUGAGAUGAGUGGAGUCCUUAUAACGUUUGGGCAAUCUUCUUCCCUUUGAGCUAGCUUUUGGAAUGUGAGGUAGGCCUAAGACCUAAUUUCACAUUAAUCAGAUUCCAUGAUUAAUGUGAAUGGUGAACAACUUAGACCUUAAUCAAUCUGCAAAUUAAAAAGUAAGCCACCAAUACUUUGACACUAAUUCUCGGCUGCCGGCGUUCAUUAAGGAAGAAACCUUCUUUAUAAAGCUUAACAAUGUUUCUGCUUUUUAAUCACCUUUACUUUACUUGAUUAAUUUACUAUUCUCUGCACCCCCAUCGAGACCGCUGUUUAAUAUUAAUUGCACAUGGAUGCUACUUCAUUCAUAAUUCAAUUUCAUCUUAUAUUAAUUCUACUCAUUUGUUGUAAUACGUCAACUAAUUUAGCCAUGGCUGCAAACAACUCUAGUACAAAUUUUUCCACAGCCAUUCUAAUUAGAGUGGACCAAUCAGGCCAGGGAGAUUUCAAAAAAAUUCAAGAUGCUAUUGAUGCUGUUCCAUCGAAUAAUACUGAAUUAUUCUUCAUUUGGGUUAAGCCAGGGACUUACAGAGAGAAGAUUGUGGUACCUGCUGAUAAGCCAUUCAUCACGUUGAGUGGAACAGAGGCUUCUAACACAAUAAUUACAUCUAGUGAAGGUGGAGAUAUUACUGAAUCUCCUACAGUCACUGUAUUAGCCUCCGAUUUUGUUGCAAGAUAUUUAACAAUACAGAAUUUAUUCGGAACGAGUGGCAAAGCCGUGGCACUUAAGGUUAAAGGAGAUAGAGGUGCAUUCUAUAGUUGUAGAAUUCAAUCGUAUCAAGACACUUUGUUAGACGAUAGUGGUAGGCAUUAUUACAACAAUUGUUACAUUGAAGGGGCCGUUGAUUUUAUUUUCGGUAGCGCAGCUUCUCUCUAUGAAAGGUGUCAUAUUCAUUCAGUUGCAGCAGGGGCAAUCACAGCUCAAGGCAGAGAGACCCCUUUAGAAAAUUCAGGAUUUACAUUUUUAGGUUGCAAGAUAACAGGUACAGGAGGGAACACUUCACUAGGAAGACCAUGGGGUUCAUAUUCUAGGGUUGUUUUUGCCUACACAUUUAUGGCUAAUAUCAUACAGCCAGAGGGAUGGAAUGACUGGGGAGAUUCUACCAAGCAAAGCACUUCGUACUAUGGUGAAUACAAGUGUUAUGGACCGGGUGCUAAUAGAUCAAAAAGGGUGGUUUGGUCACGUAGCUUAUCGAACGAGGACGCCGCGCCAUUUCUGACCAAGAAUAUGAUUGGCGGGCGAAGUUGGUUAAGGCCCACCCCGACCCAUUUCAAAAGAUCAGGCUCAACAAAUAUUGUUACUUCUGCUGGAGAAAAUUGAAAUCCAAGUUAUUUUAAUUUACCGCCACUAAUUAAUUAUUCAAUUUGUAGUUUA